AUGGGCUUGGACCACACCCCACAGUCCGCAGCAAAGUCCAGCAAGAAGAAGGACAAGAAGGUAGAGCGUGAGGCAGCGGAAGUGGACGAAAUGAAGAAUCUCAUUCACCAACGUGGGCAAAUCAAGCGGAAGGUUACCCUUAUCAAUCAUGUCCUGGAAGCAGCAGAAGAUGAUGUAUCAGAGGUGAGUGCGUCGCUGCUGAAAGUGUACUCGAAAAAGGUUGAGUUGCACUACCAGGAGUACGUCGAAGCUCAUCGUGAAGUCCUGGCGGCAACCCCAUCAUCGAAACUGGAGGAGCAGGACGAAAUCCAGAUGGCUUUUGAUGUGCUUCACACCGAGGUGCUCGAUAGACUCGAGCGUCUUUCUCUGCUGUUCGUCAAGAGUGCCAAUCCGGCGCAUGAAUCCGGCAGCCCCCACGUGAUUCUGCAGCAGCAGCCGUUGCGAGCUCCCAUCCCGAGCUUCGACGGUAAAGUGGAAAAUUGGCCGAAAUUCCGGACGAUGUUCGAGGAUAUCGUGGUGAGCAGUCACGAUUCCGACGCCUUGAAACUCCACCAUUUGGACAAGGCUCUCGUUGGUGACGCCUUCGGGUGGAUUACCGUGAAAAUGCUCCAGGACAACAACUUCCAACAAACCUGGAAGCAGCUGAAGGAGCAAUUUGAAAACCCCCGUGUCAUCGUCGACAUGCAUCUGACCGGCCUGCUGGAGCUGGAAACCAUUGUGAAACGAAACAGCAAGGACCUGUUGGAGCUGGUGAAAACCGUUAAUCGGCACGUAGGCGGUCUCGAGUGCCAAGGCAUCAACGUGGACCGCAUGUCGGGGCUUUUGCUGACGAAAAUCAUCACGGCUCGACUGGACGACGAAACGCUCCAGCUGUGGGAGAGAACGCAAGAGCACGGCAAGCUUCCGGAUUACGAGCAAACCAUCAAGUUUCUGCAAGGAGAGUGUCAAGUUUUGGAGAGGUUCCAGAAUCGGUACCAAUCCGGUCCCGCGAAAGAAUUGAUCUCCAAGCCACCGAACGUAAAACCUUGCUCAAGCCAAAAAUCCCACGUGGCGACGCCAUCUGUCAAACCUAUGCUAUGCCUGCUAUGCGGGGAGGCUCAUCGCCACUUCGAGUGCCCUACAAUCAACAAGUGGUCGCUAGGGCAACGCAUCGAGAAGGUAAAGGAGUUGAAUCUUUGUUUCAACUGUCUUCGCUCCGGGCAUCGAUCUAUCGCGUGCCCCUCCAAAAAGACGUGCUCAAAGUGUCAGCGUAGGCACCACACCCUCCUGCAUGAAGAACCGAAGCAAAUCCCAGAGGAAACCGACCCUCCAGUGCGAAAGGAAGAAAAUGUUUCAGAUCCCCAGCAAGCCCCAAGCAAGAUGCAAACUUUCCAAUGGUCGUCAUCAAACACAGCCGUUCCCAACACUCAACCCCCGCAGCAUAAAACCGCAAUGCUCAUGACGGCUGUCGUGAUUCUGAGGGACCUUUGCAACCGGAAGGUGCCCUGCCGUGUGCUGCUGGAUUCUGGUUCCCAGGUGAGCUUUAUAUCCAAGGCUAUGGCGGAUAGCCUUUCCGUCCUACGUUACCCUACGCUUGUUCCAGUCACCGGAAUUGGUGCAGCCAGGACCUGCGCCCACGAAAGGAUCACCGUUGCUGUUGAAUCCAGGUGCUCAGACUUUGCAACCAUGGUCGAGUGUCUGGUGAUUCCCAAGGUGACAGAAGACAUUCCAACAGCCCGUCUGGAUAUUUCAAACUGGUCAAUUCCUGCUGAUGUCUUCCUAGCCGACCCCGAGUUCAAUACGCCUGGCCAAAUCGACAUGUUGCUUGGUGUAACCCCGUUCCUGCACCUCCUCAAAUCGGGACGGGUGCAGCUGCGACCGGAUCUGCCUGACCUGCAGGAGACGCACCUUGGAUGGGUGGUAGCUGGAGACGUUGAAGAUCAACAAAACGAGCAACAGUGUUUCGUCGCUACUACCGCCACGCUUUCCGAGACCAUGACACGGUUUUGGGAAGUUGAAGAAGUUUCUGAUGUUGACCAGUCCACCAACCAGCACGUUUGCGAGAGGAUUUUUCAAGCCACCCAGUCACCGAACCCUGACGUGUUUGAGAGGCUACGCUCAUCACUGCCGAAAGAAAAAGAGAUUCUUUUGCGUGGACCAGCCGAGGUCCCAACCGAGAGUGAUUUCGCCGAAGUCAUUAUUCCUGAGUCGGCAGCCCCGCCGGCCGAAGAAGCAGCCAAGCGUGAAGAACAGGUGACAACCGUUGCCUUCGAGAGCCCAACGUGUGUGAGUGACAAUCCUUCGACGAGCCAGGAGGAUUUCCUUGUCGGCAACGAACCAGAAAAGUUUGUCGACAGCAAGACCGAAGACCAUAAGACACCAUCGUCAAGCAAAACGCCUUCUGGAAUCAACCCGGUGGCAAACCCGUUCCGAAUUCCAUUCGACCCAACUUGUUCGCCGCAACAGCCCAUUCGUAGUGGGAACCCCUGGGGAAAGUGA